GUUCUGCGGGUUUAUCUGGAGGGGAUGCAAAGCUCCUCGAACGCAUGAGAAUGUCUGAAAGUGCGAUUUGCGUGCAAGAACCCGAUAGAACGAAGGUUUUCGUCACGGGAUUUCUGACCUGAUGAGAUCCAAACUGGAAAGGAAAUAAGUACGCCAACCAUCAACGCAGCAACUCUGGCUUGUGUCGCUCCGCACAUUUGCAAAAACCAUAGUACAACUGCAAUGAGCGAACGAAAGCUUUUAGAUGAGCAAGUAAACACCAAACCUCGCAAAGAUCCUAACUUCGAUCCUCAAAGCGGUCCUUGGCAUGCGGCCUGCCCCUUAGUCGCGGGAUUGGCCAUUCAAGAUGGCAGCUCAGACCCGCCCAUCGCGGCACAGCCGGCUGGGACUCGCAUCGCACAUUACCAAAGUUAACCUCCUCGGCGGUGCACUGCAUGCAACUGCAUCUGUCUGCUUUCUUGUGCUCCUGAACUCGCUACAACCCACCUUGAUCUCCCAGCUCGCCACCGAUUGCAACGGACAGGGCCCAUCUGGACCCGCCAACGGAUCCGGCUUGUGCAUAGAGCUGUCACUCAAAGGAGGCAAGGAGGCUCGUGCCGCGUUUGGACGUCUGAACAGCACUCUGCUUCUGCUCGACGAAGGAAUCUCCAUCUUCCUCGUCCUGAUUUGGGGCUCGCUUGCAGAGGUUAUCGGCAUACGCUGGGUCGCUUCAGCUGGCUAUGUGCUGAUAGCUGUAGGUCUGUCCCUUUUUGCACUUGCGCAGAACGCAUGGCAGGAUCUGCUUGUCGCUCGACUCGUCUUUGCGCUCGGGGCAAGUGCUGUGACAAGCAUGCUCAGCGGGCUUCUAGCGAGCUAUAGUGCGACAAGAGCAGAUGACCCAGCGCCGGCUCCAUCGAGGCUGACCCCGCCGUCGGAGGAGACGCCGUUACUGAAUCGCUCGCAAACCAUUAGCACAUCCCAGCCAUCGGGUGCAGGCAAGCUUGCCUCUUGUGCUGGUGUACUCACAGGUGUCGGCGCGCUGAUUGCAGUGUUUGGACUGGAUCGUCUGCCGCCGCUGAUUGAAAGAUGGCUGGACCAGCAUGAAGUACAUGGCCGCAAAAAAGGCAAUCAUGGGGUUAGCUUAGAUGCCAAUCUGCACAAGGGGCUCCAGUACACCUUUGCAUUAUGCGCCGCCCUCGCAGUCCUUGUCGCCAUCAUCCUCGUAUCCACGCUGCCAACCUAUGAUCUCAAAGCCGAAAGCAGCGAGUUACUAGUGGGCAGGGAGGAGCCAAUCUAUGCCGAAAUGGAAGCAGACGUUACUCCCAGCGCGGCUGCAGAGGCAGCUUUCCAGCCUGAGGGCAGCUCUCACUCACGGUGGCGCCGCUCGCUCCGAGGCGCCCCGGCAGCAGCUACAUCAUCCGUGCUCAGCAAUGAACGGCAGGCGCGGCGCUUGAGGUUGCAAGCAAGGCUAGCAAGGAGAGGGGUGUUCAAACGGACCCUUGUAAAGCUCUGCAAAGGCCUGUUGCAAGGCAUAUUCGAUGCAGCACGCAGCCGAACGCUCGUCGGCGCUUACAUUGGAGGGGCAAUGGCUCGCGCGACCACCAUCGGAACUACCGCAUUUCUUCCUUUGCUUGUCGCUCACUUCUUUUACACAUCGGGGAUCUGCACCGACAUCCCUGAUCCGACGCUGCCCACGUGCGAGAUCAAGCGCAAGUGCCGUCAAGCGUUUAGAUGGACCUCGAUCAUUUCAGGCGUAGCGCAGCUCAGUGCCUUACUUCUCAGCCCAUUCAUCGGUGUCAUCGCUGAUGCAUUCUCGCCGGAAGCGACAAUGGGCGCUGCUGCUACCUGUGGGCUUAUGGGUUACCUGCUCUUCGCCUAUGGACUUCCAGGCGGCAUCGAUGGUGACCCACGCAGCACCACAGCCAUUGUCGCGGCUGCACUCAUCGGCAUCUGUCAGAUCGGCACGAUCAUCUGCAGCCUUGCCCUGCUGGCAAAGGCCCGUCGGCUCAAAGGCUUUGCUGCGGGAUCUCUUGCCGGCGCCUAUUCUUUUUUUGGCGGAAUUGGCAUCGUCGCCGUGUCGAGUGUCGGGGCGCUGUUGUUCGAUCUUUAUGUCCCAAGCCCGUUCAUCAUGAUGGCAGCUCUAGCAGCAGGGACGGCUGUCGCUGCUAUUUUCAUCUCCAUUCUACCUCCUGUAUAAUUGGGUUCACCUCUGACGUGUAGCAUAAUGAUUGUACAACACACGAGCCUGUAGGACAUCAUUU